AUGCGCAGCCCUUCCUCGGCUUUGUCCUGUGACUCUGCGGAGAGCAUCUACAACCUGCUGUGUGCCGUGCAGGCGCAGGCAAAUGCGGACGAGGAGGAAAUAAAGACACGGCGUCUCCACAUCGCCAACUGUGAACGGGAGAUGGAGCGAACAAACGAGGAGAUACGAUUUCUCUCUGAGCAGCAUGAGGAGGCACUUGACGA